AUGGCCGCCAUUCCACCAUAUGAAGACAUCCUGGGGUGCCAAGCAGCGUUAUAUGAAUGGGCUGAGAGCUACGAUAGUAAAGACUGGGACCGUCUUCAGCAGACAUGUGCCCCGGUACUCCGGAUCGACUAUCGCGCAUUUCUGGGCCGGUUAUGGGAGGCCAUGCCGCUGAGCGACUUCGUGGCCAUGGCGUCGGACCCAAAGGUCCUCGGCAACCCGCGGGUCAAGACGCAGCACUUUGUCGGGGCUACCAAGUGGACGAAGACGAGUGAGAACGAGAUUACUGGCUCGCAUCAGAUGCGCGUGGCACACCAGAAAUAUGCUGACGACGCCAUGUCUGAGGUCCUCGUUAAGGGCCACGCCCAUGGUAGCUGCAACAUCUGGUACCGCAAGGUGGAUGGCGUGUGGAAGUUUGCGGGAAUCGAGCCCAAUAUUCGCUGGUCUGAGUAUGACCAUGACAAGAUCUUUGUGGAGGGGGAGGAAAAGUUUAGCAAGGGGGAAAGCUCGUGA